AGUCAACUGAUAUAUCCACAAAAGUUUGAUUCAUUCUAGAAGGAAACUGUUGAUCAUGCAUUUCGCUGGAAUUGCUAGGGUAUGUUUGUUGUUUUUUCUACUGUGUAUCCUUGGUGAAACACAUGCCUUAACACCUGAAGAAGUGGCUUGGAAACAGGAAUAUAUACUACAAGGUCUGAAAUCAAGUGAACUUGGCGUUACCAUAGACUCAAUUUCGGCCCUUCAAGUCAGAACCAACAACUUCCUUGAAGCUAUUGAUGAUAUCUUGAUAGCAUUGGAUAAAGAAAUAGUAAAAAGGACAGUAAAGCAUGCCAGGAAAUACUACAGACGUAUGAGAACUGCAACUGGGGAUUUUGGGGAAAGUAGGCCUCCUCUUAUUGUUGAAGCCUUUGUGGAUAAUGAAGCUAGGCUUCAUCAGCUAAGAAGGAGCUCAAACAGAAUGCUUUCCAUGAUCAUGAAAUUGAGAGAGGAAACGAACAAUGUAAACCAAAGUGUGAAGGCAUAUGAGACCAGUAAAAAUACAUUGGUCGAAAGAACCUAUGACUUCUGUAUGUUUCCUGUCUGUGGAAUCAAUGGAAGAUGUGUAAUAUGGAUGGAUGGAAAUUACUGUAACUGUAGACCCCAUUACACUGGCACAUAUUGUGAGAUUAAGACAGAGGAAAGAUGUCCACAAAAAUGUAUGGGUAAAAUUGGGAUGGACCCGGCACCAUGUUUAAUACAAUAUGAUUUUCAGACAUGCGCUUGUCCAGAUAAAUUCAUGACAGAUGGCAGUAGUUGUGUACAGAUAAAUCCUCCCCCACAAUGGUAUAACCCUCCACAGGAAACUGAAUGCCCAAGUUCCCUCAGCUGCAAGGGAACAGUAAAUGGUGCUGCUCCACCCUGUUUCCUUGUCAACUCUAAUGGUUUGAUACAGUGUAAGUGUCCAGAUGAUCCUAUAUAUAUAGAUCCUGACACAGGUAUGCC